CAGAAACUCAUCCUGGCUUCUUCCCAUUCCUCUUAGCAAGAUUGCAGUUGUAAAUCAGCAAGAGCAUCCUGGAGGCUGCUGCAGGAGGAGCUAAUCCCUUUGCAGUGGAACUCCUUCAGUAGAGGGAAUGGAUGCAGAAGACAGAGUUGAUUUCAAUUCUCUGCAAAGGAUAUAACAAUGAAAUACAAAAAAUUCAGCGAGAACUGAAACGAAUGGGGAUUGAACUGCUUUGCCUGUUCUUUCUAUUUCUAGGAAGAAAUGAUCACGUACAAGGUGGCUGUGCCGUGGGAGGUGCAGAAACCUGUGAAGACUGCUUACUCAUUGGACCUCAAUGUGCCUGGUGUUCUCAGGAGAAUUUUACUCAUCCAUCUGGAGUUGGUGAAAGGUGUGACACCCCAGCAAAUCUUUUAGCUAAAGGAUGUCAAUUAACCUUCAUUGAAAAUCCUAUCUCCCAAGUAGAAAUACUUACAAAUAAGCCUCUCAGUGUAGGCAGACAGAAAAACAGUUCUGACAUUGUUCAGAUUGCACCUCAAAGCUUGACCCUUAAACUGAGACCAGGCAGUGAACAGACUCUGCAAGUGCAAGUCCGCCAGACUGAGGAUUACCCAGUAGACUUGUAUUACCUCAUGGACCUCUCAGCCUCCAUGGAUGACGACCUCAACACAAUUAAAGAGCUGGGCUCCCGGCUUUCCAAGGAGAUGUCUAAAUUAACCAGCAACUUUAGACUGGGCUUUGGUUCUUUUGUGGAAAAACCUGUCUCCCCUUUUGUGAAAACAACGCCAGAAGAAAUUGUCAACCCUUGCAGUAGUAUCCCAUACUUCUGCUUACCUACAUUUGGAUUCAAGCAUAUUUUGCCUUUGACAAAUGAUGCUGAAAGAUUCAAUGAAAUUGUGAAGAAUCAGAAAAUUUCUGCUAAUAUUGACACACCUGAAGGUGGAUUUGAUGCUAUUAUGCAAGCAGCUGUAUGUAAGGAAAAAAUUGGCUGGCGGAAUGACUCCCUCCAUCUCCUAGUCUUCGUGAGUGAUGCCGAUUCCCACUUUGGCAUGGACAGCAAGCUGGCAGGCAUUGUCAUUCCUAAUGAUGGACUCUGCCACUUGGACAGCAAGAAUGAAUACUCCAUGUCAACGGUCUUGGAAUAUCCAACAAUUGGACAACUCAUUGAUAAAUUGGUGCAAAAUAAUGUGUUACUGAUCUUUGCUGUAACCCAAGAGCAAGUUCAUUUGUAUGAGAACUAUGCCAGACUCAUUCCUGGAGCUACAGUGGGGCUACUUCAGAAGGAUUCUGGAAACAUUCUCCAGCUGAUCAUCUCUGCUUAUGAAGAACUUCGGUCUGAGGUAGAGCUGGAAGUAUUAGGAGAUACAGAAGGACUCAACCUGUCAUUCACCGCUAUCUGUAACAACGGGACCCUCUUCCCACACCAAAAGAAAUGCUCUCACAUGAAGGUGGGAGACACAGCUUCAUUCAAUGUGACUGUGAGCAUACCCAACUGUGAGAGAAGAAGCAGGCACAUUAGCAUAAAGCCUGUGGGGCUGGGGGAUGCCCUAGAAAUACUUGUUAGCCCAGAAUGCAACUGCAACUGUCAGAAAGAAGUGGAAGUGAACAGCUCCAAAUGCCACUAUGGAAACGGCUCCUUCCAGUGCGGGGUGUGUGCCUGCCAUCCUGGUCAUAUGGGUCCUCGCUGCGAGUGUGGGGAAGACAUGCUGAGCACAGACUCCUGCAAGGAGACCCCGGAUCGCCCCUCAUGCAGCGGAAGGGGUGACUGCUACUGUGGGCAGUGCAUCUGCCAUUUGUCUCCCUACGGAACCAUUUAUGGGCCUUACUGCCAGUGUGACAAUUUCUCCUGCGUGAGACACAAAGGGCUGCUCUGUGGAGAUAACGGCGACUGUGACUGUGGCGAAUGCAUAUGCAGGAGUGGCUGGACAGGCGAGUACUGCAACUGCACGACCAGCACGGAUGCAUGCGUCACUGAAGAUGGGGUGCUCUGUAGCGGCCGAGGGGACUGCAUUUGUGGCAAGUGUGUUUGCACGAACCCUGGCGCCUCAGGACCCACUUGCGAACGAUGUCCUACCUGUGGUGACCCCUGUAACUCUAAAUGGAGCUGCAUUGAAUGUCACCUGUCUGCAGAUGGCCAGGCCGGAGAAGAAUGUGUUGACAAAUGCAAACUAGCUGGUGCGACCAUCAAUGAAGAAGAAGAUUUCUCAAAGGAUAGUUCUGUUUCCUGCUCUCUGCAAGGAGAAAAUGAAUGUCUUAUUACAUUCCUAAUAACUACAGAUAAUGAGGGGAAAACCAUCAUUCACAGCAUCAACGAAAAAGACUGUCCAAAACCUCCAAACAUUCCCAUGAUUAUGUUGGGGGUCUCUUUAGCUAUCCUUCUCAUUGGUGUCGUCUUAUUGUGCAUUUGGAAGCUGCUGGUAUCAUUUCAUGAUCGUAAAGAAGUUGCAAAAUUUGAAGCAGAGCGAUCAAAGGCCAAGUGGCAAACAGGAACCAAUCCACUGUAUAGAGGUUCCACCAGUACCUUUAAAAAUGUAACCUACAAACACAGAGAAAAACAAAAGAUGAGCCUUUCCACAACAGAUGGCUAGAAAUACUUUAUGCACAGAAAAAGUCUGUCUCACUGUUAUGAAAUGUUAAUGCACUAUUUAAUUUUUUUCUUUGUUGGUUUAAGAUAAUAAUAGGUCAUUUGGAUAUCAGUUAUUCUCAGUAUGAAGGUUAGAGACUAUGUUGACAGGUUCAAAAUCAAGAAGAGAAAUAUCCUUAGCAAAGGGGUGACUUUGGGUUUCAGUUGAAGAAUAGUAACUCUGGUGAGUUAAUGCCUCAAAAAAUCAUCAAAAUGUUUCAUAGGGGCCUGAUUUGCAUUUGAAAAAUGUUUAAAAUUAGAAUCUCAUUUGUUGUAAGCAUACAGGUACCUGAAGUCUUGGUCUCAGCAAAGUCACAAAGUCCAUAUGCUCACAUUAUACACUCACACUUGCCAAUUACUUCUAAACAUUUAGAAAAUCUGCCCUUUCUUAAAAGGAAGAUUUUUAAAAAUCUGUCAAAAAUGAGACUCUGAUUUUACUUCAGCAGCAAUGCUGCAAUUUUUCUAAAGACGUACCAAAUACAAGAAUGUAAACGUAGCAUUAGAAAUUUUGUGGAUUUGUGUGAUGAACUUAAAAAUUUGGUACAGAAAUAAGUGCUUUAUUUGUUUUAUUGCUGAGAAAGAAGUGAUUUUUAAUUAGGAAGUCACCAAUAAAAUAAAAAACAAGAUAACAGACUUAUUUAAUUUAUGAUUACUUACCUGAAAAUUAAACUUCUAUGUUAGUUUUCUACUUCACCUCCCAUACUUCUAAAUCUAUUUUACCAUUUUACUCAGUUUUAUGGUCUUCCAAAUCCUGUAUUUGUCAUAUGAAAGUUUUAAUGACUUUGUUUUUAAAAUUUCCUUAACUGGCUAGUUUAUACAAAAAGACCUCCAGUAAUACAAAAGGAACAUGAGUAAAACAGAAUAAAACUGUAAAUGGUUUUAAAUCAAAAGUACUAAUUCUCUCAUGAGUAAUAGGCAUUUUCAUCUAUAUUCUUUUCCCAUUUUCAUAAUCCCAUGUACACACUUCAACUGCAUAUAGUGAAUAUCAUAUUGACUUUAAGCAGUAAGAUUUUACAUGCAGAUAACUAGGGAUCCUUCACUUGACGGGAGAGAUGGACUGUACAGAAUAUAAUAUCUUGUGGUUAUGACUGCUUUACGAAACACUUUCAACUUACUUGAUCCUCAUUAGGAAAUAAUGGUUCAGAGAGUGAAUAGAACUGAGUCCAAAAUCUAGAUUUUCUAAUUCUAGCCCUGUCCUCUUUCCAUGGCCCAUGACUAACUCUUGCCAGUAAAAUAGUGAAAGACAUUUGUUAAGACAUAAAAGACAUUUGAAAAUGUACUGAGACUAUACACCAUUUAAACAAUGGGAGCACAGGUGAGAUGUAAUUUCACUCAGUGUUUAUUAUACUUGGGCUAAUUAUAAUGUGAAAUCAUUAGCUAGGUGAAUAGUUUAUGAUGUAAUGGAAGCUCCAUGUUUAUUUGUUGAAUUGGCACAGAGUUAUCUAUGAUAAAGUUCUUCAGCUCUGCUGGGUAAAUCUGUAAACAAUUGAACACACUGGUAGAACAUUUUUUUUGUUUGUUUCUAAAUAACUCAGGUAAAUCAGACACUUGGGGAGACAUAGCUAUAUUGAAAGAAUGACUAAAUAAUCAGGUUGGGAACCUGGAGGGCUGAUGUGACUUCAGUGUUCCUGACUGAGGCCCAGGGUCAAGAGAAAAUCUAGAGCAACAAGGAAGUUGCAAUACUGAUGACACAGCUGUAGUUUUCACCUUUAUAUGUGAUAUUUUGUGUUGUUACUGGAGUGGGAUUUUAGAAAUAUAAAUUUACUUUGUGUGUUUAUUGGGGAAAGUAGAGAAGAAUCUGCUAUUUCUCUGAAUAUUGUUUUGACCCAAGGCUGGACCUUGAAAAUGUCAAAACAUUAACAGUAGUACUUCUGUUCACUGAAGAGUUAUGUUACAUGAAGAUAAAAAUGUGUUUUUCUUUUUUGUAAGUUGUUUUAUUGUAUUUUGUGUUGAU